AUGGUCUUGGAUCUCCAGACGUUCUCGGUGUCUCCAACCACGGGGUUCCUUCCUGCCGAGCUCCCGCUUCGCAAGUUGCCGCAGCUGUGCUACCAGCCGUGGGAGGAUAUUGUGGAAAACUUGCCUUCUCUUCUUCUUAGCAGAAGAAUCAGGGAUGUUAUCGAGAAACUUCCUUUGCUAGAAACAGAGCAGUUGGAUCUGCUUCCGGAGCUUAGAAGGGCGUACCUGGUUCUCGGCUUUUUGGCUCAUGGCUACGUGUGGGGCGCCAGUGCUCCGUCUUCUCGUAUUCCAGAACAGGUAGCAAGGCCUUUGAUAGAUGUCUCUGAGAGACUAGGGCUUCCUCCGCUUGCUACGUAUGCUGGGUUGUGCCUUUGGAACUUUAGGGAAAUCAUGCCUGGCUCGGAUGACUAUGCUCAUGGCAAGUUUAACUGGGAUAACCUUACUACUAUCAACACAUUCACAGGGUCGAUCGACGAAUCGUGGUUUUACCUCGUGAGUGUUUUCUUUGAAUAUAGCGGUGGCCAGUGUGUUCGUUAUGGUAUGCAAGCCAUGGAUCAUGCUAAGCAAGGCAAUGUUGAGCAAUUGACCAGAAGUCUUCAGGAACUAGCACAGGCUAUUGACCACUUGGGCUCUGUGCUUAUGCGUAUGGAAGAAAUGUGUGACCCUCAUGUGUUUUACUUUAGAAUCAGACCUUACUUGGCUGGCUGGAAGAAUAUGGCCGAUGUCGGUCUUGACCCUAACGGUGUGAUCUACGGUGCUGAAAAGGCACACAGAUCAUAUGCUGGCGGCUCCAACGCUCAAUCUUCACUUAUUCAGUUCUUGGACUCCUUGUUGAGUGUCCAUCACCAUUCCACUGGCGAAAGACCAGUGCCUGAAGUUGGAUCUAAGGCUCCGGCUGAACCUGCCAAGAAGGGAUCUGCUGAAAACGCUUUCCUUGUGGAAAUGCGCAAGUACAUGCCAAAGGAACAUAGAGAGUUCUUGGCUAUGGUAGACAAAGAGUGCCUGAUUCGUGAGUUUGUCUUUGAGAACAAGGCUACCGCUCCAGAGCUCAUACUCAGCUACGACGCAUGCUUGGCCAUGCUUAAGCUGUUCAGAGAUAAACAUAUUCAAAUCGUCACGCGAUACGUCGUUCUUCAGGCCAAGAAGGCUCCAAAAAUGGGCUCCUCGUCCACUCUUCGCUCAGGCUUGGCCAAGAAGAAGGCUGCUGGCGUGGAAGAGAAGGGCACAGGCGGCACUUCCUUGUUACCAUUCUUGAAGCAGUGCAGAGAUGAAACUGGCGACCCUGCCGCUGGCAGUUGGGGUAAGCGUCUUCUCAGUGAUGGUGUGAUGCGUUUGGGAUACUCGAAGCCCAAUGGUAUCAACGAAGAUUAG